CCUCUUCGCCUACAGGUCUGGUGUUGAGGCUGCAGUGUUUGGCGCCACAGGAGGUUGUGUACUGUCCAUUCUGUCGGCUCAGAACGCUGGUGCCUCCAUCCAAGCUGUUGACAUGACUGAGGACUACCUGCUGCUCUUCUGCAGGUACCCUUACAAGCAGGGCAGUGACAUCAUCCACAUCGAGCUCUUCAGCCCUGAAUCCUUUCAGUAUCUUCGGAUGAUACUUGGCUGUGGUCAGGACAACAUUUCCCAGGUCACCGUCAACCGUGAAGGGACCCACGUCGUGGCCUUUUGCUCCUCUGUCCAAACUGGCAUCACCAAGCUGGUCACCUGGAAUCUGGAGACCGAGGACCACAAACACAUCACACACUUUCCUGGAAUAUUGACCAAAGGGAUUUGCCGUCACCUCCGCUUCUGUCUAGGAAUCUGCAGUGGACAGAGGUACCUGCGACUGUGGGAUCUGACCUCCAGGAUGACCGACCAGACUCUGACCUACAACAUCCACAAGACCCGGAGCGACGGCACAGAGGAGAUCAUCCCGAUGGGGAAAAACCCCCGGUACGCUGUGUGCUUUUCGGCCAGAGUCGGGUCAGUGUAUGUGUGGAACCUGGCCCGACACCGUUUCCUCUGCCGACCGGUCCGAGUCCACCAUGGCCUCUACAGCAGCACUGAUGCAGUGUUCGCCCACGACCUCAAACUCUACAUCUUUACAGACAGAAGCUCAAUCAGCUGCACAGAUGUCCCUUCACCUCGAUUUCAGACUCUUCUGGUAUAUGAUUUGCUUAAGCGGAGCUAUGUCAGAAGACAGACGGGGAUGUCAAUCAUUCCGUGUCCUCAGCAUGAGUACCGUCUUCUGGAGGAUGGACGGACCCUCCUGGGCCUGUCAGAGACCAGGGAUCAUCUGGUCCUGUGGGAUCUGGACUCUGGCUCCAUCAAACAUCAGAUCCAGGCGUCUCGUCAGGCGGAGUCAGUUGAGAGCAGCAGCAGCAUCACUGACCAUGACCUUCUGCUUCAAUACACACCAAGAAGAGAGACGAUGAUGCCAUGGGAUAUUCGGACUGAGAGUAAAUCUGCUAUGAAGAGACGGCUGGAGAGAGAGGCACAAAGGGAGAAAGAGCAGAGAAUGAAACUGGACAGAGAGAAAUACAACGCUAUAGACCAGUACCUGCUCAGUGGAGACGACCAGAUGGUGGUGUGUUCCUACUUUGCACACCACCUCAAUGUGUUCAGCAUGGCAUCCCAGGAGCAUCUGCACAUGCUGGAGGAUCAGUCGUCUCUGCUGAACCUCCACACUGCAGCUCUGACCCACAGUGGGAGUCACCUGGUGUUGACCAGCUACAACCAAGACGAGCACACCCCCACGGUCACCCUGUGGGACCUACACAAAGGCACAGUGGAUAAGAAACUGAAGAAUGAGCCUGGAGUUUGCUGUGUUUCUCUCUCAGACGAUGCCAGCAGAGUUGUCUUUGGCGUCACAGGAAGCAACAAACUGAAUGUGUGGGAGCCGUUCAGUGGAAACAUUAAGAGCAUCAGCGGCUAUGGGAACCUGUGCAUCGAAGCCUCCAGUAAACUGUACACGACAGAGGGUGGAACCAGAGCUGUUCUUCUUUCAGGACAGUUGAGCCUGUGGGAUGUGGAGGGAUGCAGGUUCCUGUCUGUGCUGUCAUUGGACGCUCAUGUGCGCUGUUGGAGGCCGUUCCGUGGCGGCGAGGUAUCGGUCCUGCUCGGCCUCAGCCACAGCCCCGCCCUCAUCAACGUCCGGCCUACAUCCAGGACGACCAGCACGAGGAAACGAGUGUCUGGGGAAGGGGACCUGUUUGGAGAGUCCAGCAGCAGCGAGGAAGAGGACGAGGACACGUAGGACUCAGAUGUGAUGAAGACUGAUGACGAAACAUUUGAUCACUUCUGCAAACCAAAUGGCACAGUUCAAAUAAGAUGAAACUACUUUAGAUAAAAGACAUGUCAGGUAGCACUGCCUCCAAAACAUUAGCAAAAGCCCCCAAACCCAUUCAGUUUUCAGCCACAUUGGAACUUUAUAAAAAAAAAAAAAAAAAACAGGCUUUCAGUACCGCUGGCAGUGAGUGGA